AUGAGCCCGACAAACAACCACAAACCUUCUGGUCGACCUAGUAUGGACGACGAUAUCACAUUUGGAGCUUCAGUAUGGGGCGCUAGCGAGCCUGUCGACCUUCAGAAAGCGUCACCCUCCAUCGCUCUUACCACCCAGGAAACCACCUUUGAUGACUUUGAUGAUUUCGGUCCAUCAGCAGAGGCUGCGAACGACGCAAGAGAUGACGACUUUGGUGAUUUUGGAGACGCCGAGUACUCAGCACAGGAAGGGUUUGGUGAAUCUAUUGAUUUUGAGGAGCAGACCCAGAUGGCUGGACCUUCGUCGUUGCGUCAAUGGAGACCACUCCGAUUAAACCCAUUCCCCGGUCGCCAGCAGAUAGAGGAAGAAAUCUAUGAAAUACUCGCACUGGAAUGGGAGAACGAGGAAAUAUCCUACAUCACUACAAAUGAGGGAAUUAGAGAAGUCGAAGGUAUUGGUCAAAUCUUGUUGACGCCAGAAAGCCGCCAGUUGUAUAAAAUGCUCUUGAAUACCCCACCACCAGUAAAGCCACCAAAUUGGACGCGUUCACGAAUUCGUCGCCAACAUCUAAUUGCUCUUGGAAUUCCUGUGAAUCUUGAUGAAGUCUUACCGCGACUCAAUGGCAAGCCGUUACCUCCUCUCGAAAUUCACACUCGACCCAUGUCGGCACCUCCUGGACAACGGAAUGUGCCACAUUCAAACAGCACGGGUCCUGUCUCACGGCCAAGUUCGAGAGCGGGAACGCCUCAACCGGGCCAGCAAAACAUGCUUGCGCAGUUUGGACCUAAACCUGAACUUGACAGGGCUAGGAUGUCGAAAUUGCUUGACGUAGACCGAGAAUCGUUGACCAUGCAACCUCUUGCCGCACUUGAAAGACACCUUGCUGAUCUUCGAAUGCAGACUGCAAACACAUCCAGUCUUUUGACAUAUCUUUUGCAAUCUCGAGAUGCGCUGCAGCAAGACUCGGAGACAUACAAUGGUCUUAUCGCAGAGCUUGUUGGGGAGGCACAGAAAAUUAAAUCAGGGAAGCCUAAGCGGACAAUGAGCAAACGAGGAACAUCGUAA